GCCAAAACAGACACAUCGAUCUGAUUAACAGUCGAUAUAUUUGAUCUCACCGUUCAAAACAUUCAUAAAAUCACUAUUAAGCCAGUGUUUUUAGACAAGCGUUAAAAGCGUUAUCACCUAUUCAGCACCAGAAACCACCAAAAAAUACAUACACACUCCAAUUCUCCUAGAUCAAAAAAUGGUGAAAGUUCAAAACGUUGGCAGCGUCGUUGGUUGGAUCAUAUCGCUAGUAUGGAUUGUAUUCCUAGUUGUGAUUAUAACAAAUUAUGCACAUAAAUCAGCAUUCGUCCGACUCAUUCAUACAAUUCUUUUGCCAUUUCACGAUGUCGACAUCAAACUAUGCAAAUAUAUUGGCAUUGCAUUUUGCGCGGUAAACGUCUUUGCAACUCAAGCAUGGAGACAUGGAAUUCAAAAUAACAAAAAACACUUUACGCUGUGGUCAAUGAUAUGGUUCAGUCUUAUUUUGGGUUUCCUUUUGAUUUGCAUACUCACAAUAGAGAUUGGAAAGAAUUUGCAAGAAGAUCAUCCUGAAUUGAUAGUGAUUUUGAUCGUUUCAAUAGUUUUUUUCGGUCAUCUUUACAUCAUUGCUUAUGCAAGUUUCAAAUCAAUCGAAGUGCAUCGAACGCCAAUCAUUGAGCUACAGUCAGAUUCAUCAUACUCGAUACCAUUUAGAAGCCUUCAUGAAAGUAACUCCGUUCAAACGACUGUACUCAGUGACUAUGGGUACAGAAGCGAUGACGGAGACGUGGCAGCACCAAUGUUUUGCGUUUCACCAGCAUCAUCAGCACCUCCAACAGACGAUGGGUUCGAAUUAAACCAUCAAAUCAAAUCGGUCAAAUCCGAAACUCCUACAGAUGGUCACCGUUUCAAUAGAGUGCAUUCAGACGAUGUACGACAUUAUGAACCAUAUCAACGGAUUGAACUUUCGGAUUGCAGAAUUUCAAUGGAUUGCAAUCAACCACAGAAGCCAAAUCCGUACUCAGAUCACAGUCAUGAUUCAUCACACAAUAAACAAGAUCAUACUCACACGUGACCUUGACAUUAUGCCUCUGGCUCAAUUUCAUAUGAGUAUUUAUACUCAACAGUGUCGGUGUCGAGUUGAUACCACAUCAUUCCCAUGGCACGUCUAAGUCUAACCAUGACACAUACGUCUCUUCCCACCACGACACAUAACAUUCUUCAGAUUACAACCUUGAUACUUGUAUCAUAUGGGCUAUUCUGAUUCUGUAGCCUGUGAUGACUAAGAGAAUUGAAAAACAUUAUCUGAAAUUCCAUGGCAUUGUUUGAUUUUUGACCUUUAACCUCCACUACCUCAAUAUUUUUCAGAAUAAAAAUUCUUUGAUUCAAUGAAUAAAUAAAUUUUUCAAAACAAAAAGUUUUUAGUUGUGUUUUGAGUAAUUCUCUGGAUUGUCUGGCGCUUCAU